AUGCCCAGAUUCUCGUUGAAUCCAGCCACAGCCUAUGAAACCAAUGAGACCAGAGUCUUUCUCGAGCGCUUCGCAACCCAUCUCAAAACACGUCUCGGCAUGGAUACCUUCGAAAACGAGUGUCAUCGGUAUCUCAUCGUCCUCACUAACGACGACCAUUAUCAACAAGAGCUACAACGUCGAUUCGCCGCCAUCGAAGGAAACAUCGGUUGGGACAUGGCGGAGAAGGUAUUCCUCAGCAUCUGCCUCACCAAAGAGGAACGUUUGGAGAACAUGCGGAACAUGGCAGACAUGGGACGCAAUAUGGGCGAGACGUAUAACCGUUAUUCCGCUCGUAUCCUUCGGCAUGCACGAGUGAAUGGAAUCCAAGACGAUAACGACAUCAUCCUUCAUCAACUCGGGAGGUCGAUCCCGGGGAUGGAGUACGAUUUCCUGCUCUUUAAGCAUCAGAUAAAGAACCCAGACGCCACAGCCUUUAAAUCGAUCAAUACCCUAUGUGCACUGAUGAGCACAUUAACGGGACCUGAGGAUGCAAUCGAUCAACCUCGGGCAGUGGGACGAUCUCAGGAUCAAUUGCAACAGCAGCAGCAGUCUUUUGGGCCACGGCACAACACCUUCCCAAAUGGAGUUCGAGGAUCACGCGGAGCAUCUCGCGGAGCACUCAGAGGAACUUUCCGAGGCCGAGGACAAGGGAGAAUGAGCCCCAUGGGACGCAGCAACAGUCAGCCCCCUUUUGGGCAAGCACCCGGGCAACCUCCUCGAGCAGGCAUGAAGUUCUGCCAAGGCUGCAGCUGGAAUAACUCGCACGAAACCAAGGACUGCCGAUUCUGCACAUUCUGCAGCAACAGGGGUCACACCUAUGCAGACUGCCGCACAAGAAUGCGUCAAGAACAACAGCAGAACGGUACUCAAGGCAACCAGCAAUCCUAA